AUGGUCCGCAUCCUCUCUGCUGUCGCAGUUGUCCUCGCCAUCGCCUUUGGGGCGCAGGCUUCCUACACCUGCCAGUGCAACUUCUCAGACGGCUCGCACUGCUGCGCUGCUACCAGCGCCCAAGGUGCUAACGUGCCUUGCGCUACGGUCUGCAAAGACGCCCAUCGAAACAGUGACAACGUUGCCUGCAACGCUGGUGGCAAAUGGUCUUCUGUUAGCGCGUGGAACGUUCAAUUCCGUGCGCCUUGUGCCGUCCAGAAUUUUCAGUAA